CGCAUACAUCCCUUCCCCAUGAUCCUUCCACCAUCGCACUUAACAACAACCACGCCAUCCCGCUUCCUUCCAGCAAGUGACCCGGCACAUGGUAAGUAAGAGGCUGCCUACCCACAACCGACCUACCUGAAACCGUGUAACGACAAGUACCGCACCGCACUGCAAAGCAGUGUGGAUACAUAUUAUGCCGAGGUGAUUAUGCCGAACCCGGCUCUGACAUUGCGGUGUGUUUUAUUAUCCGCUGUGCUGGUAUCGGUAUCUGUAUCUUGUGGUUGCAUGGUGGACAGAGGUGGUGGUAGUUGUGGUGGUGUGUGGGGUUGUUCGGUGAUGCCGAGGUGGUUACAACCUGCUAGUUACCUACUACAUACCUACUCAGUGGGUCGAUCUUGUAGGACAAGUAGGUGGGUGAGCAGGUAGGUAGAUAGUAAUUGUUGACAGGGCCAUGAUGUAGAUUGUGUUACUCUGAGUAACUAAUUGUGGGUGUGGA